AUGAGUGACUUAGACCGGGCGAUCGAGCAGCUGCGGGCCUGCCGCCUGAUCCCCGAAUCACAAGUACGCGAGCUGUGCUACAAGGCGCGUGAGCUCCUAAUCGAAGAAGGCAAUGUUGUCUCCGUCGACGCCCCAGUAACGAUCUGCGGGGAUAUCCAUGGCCAAUUCCACGACCUGAUGGAGCUGUUCCGCGUCGGUGGCGACGUACCCGACACAAACUACCUCUUCAUGGGUGACUUCGUUGACCGCGGUUUCUACUCCCUCGAAUCCUUCCUCCUCCUCCUCUGCCUGAAAGUGCGCUAUCCAGAUCGCAUGACCCUCAUCCGCGGUAACCACGAAUCGCGACAGAUCACCACCGUUUACGGCUUCUACGACGAGUGUAUCCGCAAAUACGGCAGCGCCAAUGUCUGGCGCUACUGCUGUGAGGUCUUUGAUUAUCUGGCGCUGGGCGCGAUCGUGCUGGGCGCCAGCUCUGAACUGGAACCUACCGUCUCCGGCAUGAACGCUACCGGCGCGACCAUGCCCAUUGAGGACGGUGAGCUGGAAACCGAGGUGCUGAAUUCGCGCGGCGAAGUCACCAUGAGCACCUAUCGCCAGCGACAGCGCGCAUCCUCUAAUAUCUCAACCGAAUCACAAAGCAUCUCUCCUCCACGCGAUAUCUCGGCUGCUCCAGGCCAGACUUCUGCUCCGACUCGUAAUGGAGCACCCGGUACCGGCGCGAGUUCAGACGGGAACGGCAGCUUGGCGACGAGCCGCACGGGCGCUGUACUGUGCGUGCACGGCGGACUUUCACCGCUAAUCGACAGUGUAGACAAGAUCCGACUGAUAGACCGGAAACAAGAAGUGCCACACGAAGGCGCCAUGUGUGACCUUCUCUGGUCCGACCCAGAUGAGAUUGAAGGAUGGGGUUUGAGUCCCCGAGGUGCUGGAUUCCUCUUUGGCGGCGACAUCGUCAAGUCAUUUAACCAUCUUAACGGCCUGUCUUUGGUUGCGCGAGCCCACCAGCUCGUCAUGGAGGGGUACAAGGAGAUGUUUGACGGCGGGAUCGUGACUGUCUGGUCCGCUCCGAACUACUGUUACCGCUGCGGCAAUGUAGCAGCAAUACUUGAACUAGGCGAAGAUGGCAAUAACGGUGGUACAGUUUCCCGCAGUAAUGGGGAAUAUGGACGAAGCAACGGGAUUGGAGAAUCCAACGCCCUGGUUGGUCCUGGAAGGAGAUACCGUGUUUUUGAAGCUGCGGCCCAGGAUACAAGGGGCAUGCCUGCGAAGAAGCCCGUCGCUGAUUAUUUCCUGUGA